UAUUCAUAGUCAUUCGCCGGCGAGGCGUUGAAAAAUCUCCCAGUCGCACCGCCAGCGAACUUUCGGCGAAGCGAACGAUAUCAAUUUUGAAUGCAUAGACGAUAUCCUCGCCGUCGCCGCGCUGGCAACUCGCUAUGACUCGUGUGGCGAUUUGAGCAAGCGCAUUUAAUUUGUUUAUGUGUUUUCCGUCCACGGCACGCGACGAUUUUUAAACCAGAGCGCGGUACUGAUCCCAAAACGUUUUUCUUGUUAUUAUUGUUUGUUGUCUUUUUGCAAUGGCGGUAAAAUAUUCGGCAAGUGAUAAGGAACAAUUUAUUAAAAUGUUGAUAAACUAUCCUAUUAUAGAAGAUAAAAGGACUGAUUCCUAUAAUAUUGAGAAGAAGAAAAAAGCAUGGGAUAAAAUUACGUUAGAGUAUAAUGAGGUAGCUACAGAAAAGAGAACAGUAAUCCAGUUAAAAAGAUUAUGGGAUAAAAUAAAAAGAAGCAGGAAAAGUGCGUUAGCUGAAGAGAGGCGUGAAGUGAUGGCCACAGGAGGCGGGCCGUCUAAACCACUACCACCUUAUUCACAACCCGAAGUAGAUGCCCUGAUACCUCAUCUCGAUUAUGAAGUUAAUAUUGAAGAUGAUUCUGAUGGCAUAAAUUUAAAAAAUACAGAAGUUGUACGGUCAUCAGAAGAGGCAACUGCUUCAACGGUAUCAGUCACCUCUUACGUCUUAGUGCCAGAAACCCCAACAUUAUCCACUCCAUUAAACCCAAGUGCUGUUAAAGUCUCGCGCCCCCCUAAAAAAAAGGAAGAUCAUCUUGAUCAGUUGACCAAGGCAAGGUUAGGCCUAGUUGAAAAGGAAGAAUCAUAUAUGAAAGAACUUCAUGAUAUCCGUAUGGAGGAGGCGAAAUAUAAGGCGGCGGCUGCCAAGUUCGUAAUGUUACAAGAAGAGGCAAAAUGGAAGAAAAGUAGAGAUGAAUAAAUAAACGAUUAAUUUAAUAAUUAAUAAAUGAUUAA